AUGGAAGUUAAACCCACCAAAAGAGUAAACGAACCCAAACAUCUUAGGAGAAAAGUGGUUUUCGUUGAUCCCGAUGACCCCGAAGCUCCUCACUGGUGGCCGGCUUUGGUUGUCCCACUGAGAGAGAUCGAAAUCUUUAAACAAAAAAUGGACAGCGACGUUCAAUAUCCCAGAGAGGGGGAAAAUCUGGUCUGUUAUUUUGAAGACGGGUCCUACUCGAUUGUUUCGGAAAAAGACCAAUUGCCUUUUGAUCCAAAUAGCGAACCAUAUACCACUUACAUGGAAGGUCCAAAUGUUUCUAUAUUUCAAAGAGACAAAGCCGUCACUCUGGCAACUUUAUAUUUCGAAAAAGGGGCGGUACCACCUUCCUUUAAAUGGCUUCGAAAUGAAGAUUCGGGAAAUGCCUCGGAUAGCAAUGGAGAUAACUUGGCAGGGACGAACGAGAGCAAUAACGCCGGUUCUGUGGGAUCGGAUGUUGCUUACAACACUGGAGACGAAGAUGGAAUUGGUGCAACGCCAGAAAAGAACAAUGUCGCCACUACAAAACGACAUCCGAAAAAAGACAGCUCUAAUAAUGAACUAUCGAAUUCAAAUAAGAAAGAUGUGAUUUCUAAAAGAGAUAAUAAUGUUGGACAGAGAAAGGACAAUUCCUCGAGCCAAGGAAAAAAAAAUCCAGUGCCAGUAACUUCGACUCCUGGUUCGCGCAACGCUAAAGUCAAACCUCGAAGUUUUUCGGGUUCUAAUAAAUCGGCUCUUAACAAUCCCACCAACAAUAAUUCAACAUCAUCAAAACCUAUACUAAAUACCAAUUCCACCUUUUUGCAACCGACCAAUAAGUCUGUCAACAAUCUCUCGAGUUCGACUCAUAAUAAUAACGCAAAUAAUAAUACAUCCAACCAACAAUCACACCAAUUGUCUGCGGCAGAAAGGGUAAUAACAUCCAGAACAAAACAAUGUUUUCAAUGCGGGGAAAAGACGACAACGCGCACCGCCAAUAAUAAUGAUAAUAAAGAACCGUGCAGUAAAUUAUUGUGCGGUGACUGUGGAGAAUUAUUGAACUUAUUGCUUAAUCCUUCUUUUCAUGAUUCGUCAAGUAAUAGUAAUAAUAGUAUUAGCGGCGAUGAAAAAGAGAAAAUCACCGAGUAG